GUAUCUGUCACAACGAUUGCAUCAUAUGAAACGUAAUAUGAAAAUAUCAAGCUAUUUUUGUUUGUGAAAAAGUUCCAAGUUGAAUGACAGCUAAGCAGUUCAUAGUUACUGAGCUAAUUAUCUCUCGUCAGACGAUAAGAAGUUCGUUAGUGGUCGCUGUUAUCAAUCCACCGAGGGUAAAAAACAACAGCGAUAACAUCUUGUUAUUAAGGCAUUGGUUGUUGCGAUUUGUGUUGAGUGCCGGUUGCUACCUACAGAAAAACAAUCUCCAGUGGAAAGAACUUGAAAACAGCAAAACAACUGCAAUUUCAUGAAAGAAACACUAUUUUGGUUUUUCCAACAACGAAAAUGAAACGUGCAGCAACUGAAAGUGCUUCAAUUGAGGAUAGCAUUGGUGUAAAUACAAAACAAGUGAAUUUAGUAGAGCGAAACCCAACACCAAAUGGAUAUCAACUACUGAAUCCGAAUUAUGUCGGCAAACACAAUGCAUUCGAUUUGGUCGCACUAGCGAAUGAAAUACAAAAUGCUGAUCUAGCAGUAAAUAAUCAAAGCGGCAAAUUGUCGCUUAUUUUAGAUCAAAUUCGUUUCCUACAAUCACAAGCACAUCAGAUAUUGCGCGAUAUCAAAACCGACAUCAAUCUACACCAAGCUGCAUGUAAUUUUAAAAAAGUUCCUGGUAAAAUCUACUAUUUAUAUCAACGUGAAUCUGGACAGUGUUACUUCAGUAUGCUGUCGCCACAGGAAUGGGGCAUGAGUUUAUCGCACAAAUUCUUGGGCGGCUAUCGAUUAGAAAUGGAUCAAACGUGGACGCCAUUGGAUCGAAUCGGCGAAGUGGAUGCAAAGAAACAGAUAACCAAAAAGUUAAUUCAAUCGUCGAAUAUAGCUGAAAGUUUCCGUUCAAUUGCAUACUCAGACGAACCAAUGAGCUCAUAGCCUCGUGCAGGGCAUUUUUAGAAUAACUUUAUAAUAUUUUCAUGAGUCAAUUUUUAAAAAAUUUCAAAAUAAAUUUGAAUUUUGUGAAAA